AUGGUGGUUGCUGUUACCGUCGGCGUCACCCUUAACAAGAACGAUGGUAAAGACUCUGAAGGUAAGGGAGAGAUAACAGCUUCCGUUAAAGCCGUCAAAGACGUUUGUGCACCAACCGAUUACAAAAAGACUUGUGAAGACACUCUGAUAAAGAACAGUAAGAACACAACCGACCCGAUGGAGUUGGUUAAGACCGUGUUUAGUGUUACAAUGAAGCAGAUCACGGACGCGGCUAAGAAGUCGCAAACGUUGAUCGAGCUUCAAAAGGAUCCAAGAACGAGGAUGGCUCUUGAUCAAUGCAAGGAGUUGAUGGAUUACGCGUUAGGUGAGCUUACCAACUCUUUCGAGGAGCUUGGGAAGUUUGAGUUCCAUAAGCUCGACGAGGCUUUGAUCAAUCUAAGGAUUUGGCUCAGCGCGGCGAUCAGCCACGAGGAGACAUGUCUUGAAGGGUUUCAAGAUACCAAGGGAAAUGCAGGAGAGACGAUGAAGAAAGCUUUAAAAACCGCUAUCGAGUUGACUCACAAUGGGCUAGCGAUCAUCAGCGAGAUGUCAAAUUUUGUGGGACAAAUGCAGAUUCCAGGGCUCAACAGCCGCCGACUUCUGGCUGAAGACGUUCCCUCGUGGGUGGACCAGCGUGGACGUAGGCUCCUACAAGAAGCUGCCGCGUAUUCGGAUGCUAAGCCUGAUAUCAUUGUUGCUCAGGACGGAAGCGGUCAGUACACAACGAUUCACGCCGCUUUGAAAGAUGUCCCAAAGAAGAAGAACACGACUUUCGUUGUUUACAUUAAGGCUGGUCUUUACAAGGAAUACGUUCAGGUGAACAAGAGCAUGACGCAUCUUGUCUUCAUUGGUGAUGGUCCCGACAAAACCAUCAUUUCUGGCAACAAGAAUUACAAGGACGGUAUCACAACCUACCGUACCGCAACUGUUGCUAUUAUUGGAGACUACUUCAUUGCCAAGAACAUUGGAUUCGAAAACACCGCUGGAGCAAUAAAACAUCAAGCGGUUGCAGUUAGGGUUCAAUCAGAUGAGGCAAUAUUUUUCAAUUGUAGAUUUGAUGGCUACCAAGACACGCUCUACACUCACUCCCACCGUCAGUUCUUCCGUGAUUGUACCAUCUCAGGCACAAUUGAUUUUCUAUUUGGAGACUCAGCUGCUGUAUUCCAAAACUGUACUUUGUUGGUGAGAAAGCCACUCUCAAAUCAGGCAUGUCCAAUCACAGCCCACGGUCGUAAAGACCCGAGAGAAUCCACUGGAUUUGUGUUCCAAGGAUGCACAAUUGCUGGCGAACCAGAUUACUUGGCUGUCAAGGAAACUAGCAAAGCUUAUCUCGGAAGGCCAUGGAGGGAGUAUUCAAGAACAAUUAUCAUGAACACUUUCAUCCCUGAUUUCGUCCAGCCACAAGGAUGGCUACCAUGGCUAGGAGACUUCGGUCUCAAGACAUUGUUCUACUCUGAGGUUCAAAAUACAGGACCAGGAGCAGCCCUAGCAAACCGUGUUACUUGGGCUGGAGUCAAGCAACUGAGCGACGAAGAUAUCCUCAAGUUCACACCGGCUCAAUACAUCCAAAGUGAUGACUGGGUUCCUGGCAAAGGUGUUCCUUACACUUCUGGACUUUUGGCUGGCAACCCGGCUGCUGCAACCACCAUCUCGAGAAGCUCAUAUGCUUCUGGUAGUUUCUCCUCCUUCACGGAUACAAAUGGCGUUGAUUCGAUUUCUCCAGCAGCUUCUCCAGCAGCUUCUCUAGCUGCUUCCCUAGAAACUUCACAAGAAGUUUCAGUUAAAAUGGGUUCGGAUGAGAGGAUCGUUACCAUGAUUUCAAAGGGUUAA